AUGUCUUCUUAUCCAGUUACCAACGGUGUGAUCACGUUUCUACCGCCGCCGGAAGGAUACGUCGUCGACUUUGACAAGCCUCAACAGCAAGAUGCACUCAAGCAUUUUCUCAUCGUUGGCAUCCUCGGGUCUCUAGCAAUUUUGUGUCUAUUGCAGAGAUUAUAUGUAAAGUAUUAUAUUACGCGCGGAUUGAAGAUCGACGAUGUCUUGAUCACACUGGCAUGGCUCUUCUCUAUUGUCAUGCAAUCGGCUCAGAUAUGGUCAAUAUCAAUCGGAGGCCUAUGUCAUCAUGCAUGGGAAAUGCCGAUUGACGUCUUCGAAAAGCAUAUGCUGAGUUCUUACAUUGCCGCUCCAGCCUUCAUCGUCUGCAACGGCCUCACCAAGAGUUCGCUCCUGACGUUCUACCUUCAAGUAUCGCCACAGAAAUGGUUUAGAAGGGCGAUCUUUGUGACUAUCGCUUUCGUUGUUCUAUACACUAUUAUCAUCGCCAGUCUGUUGCUGUUCGGAUGUCGGCCUAGAGAAUCAGCAUGGGAUCCAUACCUGUUCGCUAGCGGAAAGUGCAUUGACUAUGCAGUCAUGUAUAUCAUCAUCGCUGUCGCCAAUAUCAUCUCAGAUAUCGUUCUCUUUGUCAUUCCUAUGCCGAUGAUUGUCAGGUUGAAGAUGCCGCUGGGACAGAAGAUUGGCUUGAGCAUCAUGUUCGGCAUUGCUACAAUAACUGUCACGACAUCCAUCAUUCGAAUGAUCUACCUACCCUCCCUAUUGGGAGCAUUAGACAUUCCAUGGAUCGCAGCCCCAGCAAAUGUCUGGUCAUUCGUGGAGGUCAACCUCUUCAUUAUAUGCGGCUGCAUGCCGACGUUUCGCAAGUUCUUCAAACGCUUUGCGCCGAAAUGGAUGGGCUCUUCCGGCGACUCGGGCAAUUCGGAGCCUCCUUCGAGUGAUUCGCUGCAUAAAGUACAGAGGAAGAAGCAUACAGGGUACACCCAGUUCGACACGUGCGGUUCCUUGGAACUCGCGACGUAUCCCGAUACCAUGUCAUCUUCCUCAGAGACCGCUUAUGCCAUGGAGUCGUUGCAGGAACAGGAACAGCGGUGUGGGACUGAUAGUCCGCCUGACACUGAACGCCAGGAAAAUGUUUCUCAGUCACCGACGGAUUCACUUCCGCCUACAGACCACGGCAAAGAUGCGUAUCUAGCCUUAAUGUGCUGCACAAUGGCACAGCUACCAAUUUGGGGCUACUCCGUCUCCUUCGGCAUCUUCCAAGAAUACUACAGCCGACCCGGAAGUCCCAUCAGCACAGCAUCGUCCGGAACAAUUGCCACCAUCGGAGCACUGCAACAGGGUGUAAUGUAUCUCAUGAUGCCGUUUGCCUUCCUCAUCCUCACGCGGUAUCCGCGGCUGCGACACCUUUGCGGACCGCUUGGUCUUGCAGUGACGGUCGCUAGUCUCACUGCUUCUGCGUUUGUGAACACUAUUGCGGGGCUUAUCGCUACACAGGGGGCAUUGUACUCUAUUGGCUGUAUUGCGAUGCCAUUUAUCUUUGAUGCUCUCCUACGCCGGAUCGGUCUCAAGGCUACUCUCUUGGCCUGGGCGGGUGCAUCAGCUGCCAUGACGCUCCCAACACUCGUUUUCAUCAAACCGCGAAUCCCUUUGCACACUCAGGUUCAAGUUCAGCCGCUAUCGUUCCGCUUCCUCCGCCAUACAUCUUUCUGGAUGAUGCAGGCCGGUGUGAUCAUACAAUCACUGGGAUACCUCAUGCCAAGCACGUACCUGGCUAGCUAUGCGUCAACAAUUGGUCUACCCAGCAUCACCGGUCCAAUUCUUCUUGCAUUAUUCUCUGUCGCAUCCGUCCCCGGAGGUAUCGUACACGGUAUGCUGGGAGACAAAUUCUCAGCAACAAAAGCCGUAACAAUCGCCUCCAUUGGAAGCGCCCUGCCGAUCUGGCUUCUAUGGGGCUUGUCCCUUGACCUUGCAAACCUGGUAGUGUUUGUCAUCAUCUACGGGUUCUUCGCAGGCGGCUUCAGCUCAACGUGGUCCAACAUGUCAACCGACAUCCAAAAAGACGACUCUGCCGCUGAUUCAGCUCUCAUUUUCGGUAUGCUCAUGGGCGGACGCGGUAUCGGCUUUGUCACCGCCGGGCCACUCAGCGGCGCCUUGCUCCAAGCAAAAGCACACCUGUCCAACGAAGCACUUGGUUACGCGACGCAAUACGGACCCAUGAUUAUCUGUACUGGUGUCACUGCUGUGUUUGGUGCUUGGGCGCCCAUGUGGAAGGGCAUGCGAGUUGCUCUAGGAACAUGCAAAGGUCGCUGA